AUGGCGAACCGCACUCCUCCAAUGUACACCGACGCACCUCUGGCGUUGAUACAUACGCCAAAGUUUGAGACGGGCAAGUGGCCUGAUCACUCGCUAAUGGAUCUCCUUCUCAAGGAUGACCCUUUCACCAUCGAAGCUUCCCACAUGGCCCUCAGUCAUAAUUCCUUCAUUCGAGGCUUCAACAGCAUCUAUCAACAAGCCCCUCGUGUCCAAAGCUCAGCCGAUAAAUCCGACUUCGUCGGCUAUUGCUUGGCUUGGAUUGAGUGCGUUGCAACACACCAUCACUACGAAGAGACGGAGUUUUUCCCAAAUGUCGACAAGGACGCUGGCCAGAAUGGGUUGAUGGGCCAGGUAGUCCAUGAGCACGAAGAAUUCCAGGGCGGUAUGGAUCGAAUGAAGGAUUACCUCCUCCAGAAAGAGGCCGAUUUCUCUGGCGAUGAAUUGAUCGCUAUAAUGGAUUCUUUCAAGCAGCCGCUUCAUAGCCACCUCAAAGCCGAACCUGGUGCCAUAGUGGCACUCGCCAAGUACAGCACCUCAGACCAUCCAAUCGAUAUCUUGGCUAUCGCUGGCGCUGCCGGCAAGAAGCAAGUCAACCUUGGCUUCAUGUUCAACACCCUGCCGGUCUUCUUCCUCAAUAUGGAGACGGCAACAUUUGAAGGUGGCAUGUGGGAAGGCGUCUUCCCACCGCUCAAGGGAAUGGCCAAGACGGUUAUGAACAAGCUUGUACCUAUGUGGCAGUCGCGUCGGUGGCGCUUUGUUAGCUGCACCCCUGACGGAGAGGUGGGACAGUUGGCUGUUUGA